AUGUCUUACUAUGCUCCUUUUGCAACUACUCAGCCCUCCUGGAUCGAAGCCAUGAUGGCACAUGUUCAAGCUGAUCAUGUAUCCAAAUUUUCUACAUCUGGCCAUGGCGACGACAUACCGGUUUUCUGGGAACCAGAUUCAUUAUCUUUCACAGACCCUUUCACAACCCACUCACCAACAGAUAGUACCAUCCCCUCCCCAUCCUUGGAAAACUUUUCAACCCUUCCAUCCUCCCUCACUAGUAGUCCCAGCACUCAACCUCUAAGGCAGCUUAGUGGUACUGACGUGUCGCAUGACAUUAAUUCUUCUGUAUCAGCCACUGCUUCCGCCAAUGAGGAGAAGAGGUCUCGUACAUCUCGCACCUGUCAUCGAGGUGCUCCACUUGAGCAGUUGCAGACUCUCAAAUUGAGCAAUGAUAACACAGUGGACGCUCCCAUUGCUCCCAUUGGGCAACCUAAUGAACAGAAAGGAAAAAAAAAAUAUGGUCAGCAAGCCGAGGCCGGUCGUGUUUGUGAGGGAGUCAUACGAGCCCGAGCUCUUCGCACCACCAGUGCUCGUCAGACACAUGAGAGGAAGAUCGAAGAUGUUGACACCGAACCUGAUACCGACCAGGAGAAUUUUGAUAUAUCUCUGAAUCCUGCUCCAGUAGAGACUCAGAAGCGCAUUUGCUGGGAGAAAACAGGUACCGACUGGCAGACGGUCCUCGACAUAGUCAAGUAUGCAGAUGAGAUGGCCACUUUGUUGCCUAAGAAGCAAAAGCAUGCUGCUGAGGCUACGAAAAGCAAUGUCAGCUGGUCACAGUCUGUUGCAAUUUCUCGCAAACAUGAACUUAACGCUAUUAGACAGGGUCGACCUGCGGUUCUCCAGGUUGCUCUUGGGAAAGGACAACAGGACAAUCGCAGACUUGCAAGACAUCGCACAUCCUGUCACUUCUACAAGAGAACUAGUUCUCUCGCAAGCCGGAGGAGACAAGAUCGUGCAAAAGAGGCUGUGAUUUCGAAUUUGGAUCCGAGGCUUUGUGGAACUGGAAUAUCUUCUGUUCGAUAUGUGAGGGACUGCCUGAGUUUCAAACCAAUUGCCUCUCGUAGACUCCUCAGGCCAGUGUCUAUGACUCGUGAGUCAUGUAGUAGCUUGAGUGUCGCAGAAUCGCAACACCAUCUCGAUGCGGAGAACCAACAAGAUAGUAACAGAAUUGCUAUGGAGAUGGAUGGUGAUUCAGGAAACAUGGGGGAAUAUACUCAUUCAGAAGAACCUGCACCUUCAAGGGGACGAAUUCCGAGACCUCUCAAUGAUAUAGAGCCUUCGCAUGAUGAUCUUAAUCAUUCCGACAAUACUGGUAUUCUAUCAGCUCAAGUAGCUUCACUGCCUGCCCGAUCCAGAAUUCAAUGUGUUCUUUUAACCCUAAGAGACACCCUCCAGACACCCUUCAGCUCAUUAGGACUCUGUCGACUGUACCCUCGUCGACCUUCCUUCGAGCCAGAUCGGUUUAUUCCAUCCUCGCUACUCGCAAAAACUUCUCCGAUAGUUGUCGAAGAAGCCAACUCUGCACCGACCGUCUUUGUGCCACCUUACCCAUUUCCUAACAUGACGAUAUACCGACUCAUGUCCUGGGUAAAUUCCGGUAGUCAUUUGAUAUCUGAAAAUAAAGUCUCGCACCUUGUCAGAGAUGUAAUCAUGGCAGAAGAUUUCGACUGCGAGCAUCUGGAGAACUUCUUGGUGAGGUGGAGCUUACAAGAAUUGGACAAGGAUGAGAAAGGGAGAAAGAUUACUUUUCCGGACGACUGGCUUGAGACCAGUGUUACCAUCGACAUUCCAACAAAGUUGAAGGAGGACAGUCCCCAGCCUUAUACUAUUCAUGGUUUCCAUUAUCGCCCCCUUGUCGAAGUCAUAUGCGCGGCAUUCGCAGACAUUCAAGCAAGGAACGACCUUUUUGAUGAGCUCUAUACCUCUGACGCAUGGAUGGAAGCUCAGGACAGUCUUCAGAGGCUUCUGAAAGAGCCCGGAUGCUCACUGGAACAUGUUAUUGCAGGGACUGCGAAAGCUUGGCCACUAUACAUGUAUUUCGGAAAUCUGACGAAAUAUGCACGAUCGUCACCCCAAUCGGGAGCAUGUCACCUGGUAGGGUUUUUACCUUUGCUUCCUGACAGUGUGAAGGAUGUUAUGUCUUGCCUAUCUGGUAUAUCGAAAACCGGCAUGGCGUCCCUUCAUGCUCACUGCCGCAGGCAGCUAUUUCAUUCAUGCUGGGAAAUCUUGUUGGACGAUGACUUUCUUUCCGCAUAUCGCCAUGGUAUUGUUCUGAAGUGUGCCGACAGAGUAGCGCGGAGGAUCUUUCCCCGGAUUUUCACCUAUUCUGCCGACUAUCCUGAAAAGGUUUUAAUCGCUACUAUUAAGGACAUGGGCUUGUGUCCGUGCCCUCGCUGUCUCACACCCAAACAAAUGUUUAGUCAUCUCGGACUCGUAAGGGAUAUGAAGAGCCAUUUAAUCAACCUUCGAGUGUACGCUAUGUCAAAGGUUAUUCAGGCCUGUGAUUUUAUCUACAGAUGCGGAAACACUGUAGAUGGUGCAAAGGUAGAACAUACCCUCGGAGAAGGUUCAUGGGUGCCUGUUCUUAAUCAAUUUGUCGCGAAGCUUGGACCUUUCGGCCUCAAUCCAUUUCGGAUGCUUGUCAUCGACUUCAUGCACGAGUGUGAAUUAGGUACCUGGAAGGGAGUAUUCACGCAUCUUAUUAGGCUUCUUUAUGCCCUUCCUCGGGGUAGUGAGCUUGUCGCGAGACUUGACAGCAGGUUUCGACAAGUGCCAACUUUCGGUAACAGCGUCAUUCGCAGGUUUUCAAAUAAUACAUCUGAGAUGAAAAGAUUAGCAGCGUGUGAUUUUGAAGACAUUUUACAGUGUGCCAUUCCUGUCUUUGAGGGAUUGUUUCCUACCGGUCACGAUGCAGUUGUGCAAUCACUGUUGUAUCGAUUCGCGCAGUGGCAUGCCCUCGCAAAACUCAGGCUUCACUCGGAGUCUACGGCCAAAUUUCUUGAAGAAACAUUCAAGCAGCUAUCGAAGAAGUUACGGAAAUUUCGAAACUCUACUUGUGCUGCGUUCAACACUCUGGAAUUGCCCAAAGACAAAGCGGCUCGCCAAUGA